AUGAAGGUCACACAGCUCUACACCUACCCCAUCAAAUCGUUACGGGGCGUCGCCCUCCCCGAGGCGGCGGUCACCAGAACCGGAUUCCAGUAUGACCGCCGAUUCAUGCUACUCAAAGUGAAAACCAGCGACGACGGCACCGAGACCCUCCAGAACAUGCACGUACCUCACUUCCCCGAGAUGUCCCUCUUCCUGACCGAUAUCGUCUUCCCCACGGAAGGAAGCAACGAUGGCAAGAUCCUGGUGACGUACCGGCCUCCAGGCGUCGACGACAUCGCCGACCCGCGCGUCAAAACUCUCGAGAUUCCCCUGCAACCUGACGUGCGAGGACGGCAGGAGCUGGGCGUCAUCAUGCAUCAGAGCCCGACGAAGGGGUACAACAUGGGCAGCGAGUAUAAUGACUGGUUCGGCGAGUGCUUCGGAUACCGCGUCGUCCUGGCGUAUCUGGGACCCCACUGGCGGCCGGUGCUGGGUAGCUUCGCGCCGGCGAAGAGCCCAAUUCACCGCCAGCACCGUCGGUCUACGACGUCGCUGGUUUCCACACGGUCGCUGGUGAUCCUGGCCGUGUUGACGCUGCUUCUCAACGCCGUCGGGGUGCCCAUGGCGCGCGAGAAAACGGGGACCUACCUGCUUCCCAGCGUUGUCGCUACGACGGUCGCCGUGAUCCUCUCGCUUGCCCUCGGCUGUGGCUGGUCUUUAUGGGACAAGGAGGAGAAGAUCACGUUUGCCGACUCAGCGCCAUACCUGGUAGUGUCGGAGACGUCGGUGGACAACGUAUCAACACGCCUGGCCGGUGACGAAGAGAUGGAUGUGACCAAGUUCCGACCGAAUAUUGUCGUGGCGGGCGCCGCGACAGCUUUCGAGGAGGACUUCUGGGCCGAGCUGACGGUGGGUGAGGGCGCCCGGCUGCUCCUCACUGCGAACUGCGUGCGCUGCCAGAGUCUGAAUGUGGACUAUACCACGGGGAAAAUGGGUACCGGGGACUCGGGCAGCGUGCUGAAGAAGCUGAUGAAGGAUCGACGGGUCGACAAGGGGGCCAAGUAUAGCCCCGUAUUUGGUCGAUACUCGUUCUUGGAUCCGGCAUCGGAGAACGUCUUGAUUCGUGUGGGAGACGAGGUGGGUGUGUCGAAGACCGCCGAUGAACGAACGAUUGGCCCGGUCUUGGUUAAG